AUGGCCCACCAAACACACGCCUACCAUAUAGUUGACCCAAGCCCAUGACCACUAACAGGAGCAGCAGCAGCACUACUAAUAACCUCAGGACUUGCCAUAUGAUUCCACUAUAACUCAAUACUAUUAAUAACCCUAGGCUUAUCAAUCAUACUCCUAACCAUAUUCCAAUGAUGACGAGACAUUAUCCGAGAAGGAACCUUUCAAGGACAUCAUACCCCUCCAGUACAAAAAGGACUACGAUACGGCAUAAUCCUAUUCAUCACAUCAGAAGUUUUCUUCUUCAUCGGAUUUUUCUGAGCUUUCUACCAUUCAAGCCUAGCCCCUACCCCAGAACUAGGAGGAUGUUGACCACCUACAGGAAUUACCCCACUAAACCCAUUUGAAGUUCCCUUAUUAAAUACAGCAGUACUAUUAGCCUCAGGAGUAACAAUCACCUGAGCCCACCACAGUCUAAUAGAAACAAACCGAAAUCAAACCAUUCAAGCCCUAACCAUCACAAUUUUACUUGGACUAUACUUCACAGCACUACAAGCCAUAGAAUACUACGAAGCACCCUUUACAAUCGCCGACGGCGUAUAUGGCUCAACAUUCUUUGUAGCAACAGGCUUUCACGGACUCCACGUAAUUAUUGGCUCAACAUUCCUAAUCGUUUGCCUACUACGGCAAAUUAAAUUUCACUUCACCUCCACUCACCACUUCGGAUUCGAAGCAGCUGCCUGAUACUGACAUUUCGUAGAUGUUGUAUGACUCUUCCUCUACGUAUCAAUCUACUGAUGAGGCUCAU